GCGUGACCAACGUGACAGAAGUUGUUUUGAUGAAAGAUCAUGGCAGCUGAUUUAACUUUCGGUGCGGUUCCCCCGUUUUAUCGGGAAAUGUACGAUAUUCUAUGUCCUAAUCAAGAAAGCUGUGUUGAUCAAGACAUGUUUAUCAAGCUGCUGGUGAAAUCAAGUCUUCCAAAAACAACAUUAUCUCAGAUUUGGGAUCUUGUUGAUACUCGCCAAGGAUAUUUGUCACGAACUGGACUCUACAAAGCUCUUGCACUUGUAGCUUUUGCUCAACAGGGUAAACCUGUCAAUGAGAAAUUAAUUCAAAAUUUUGCUGGAGAAGAGCUUCCAAAACCUUCUCUUGGGGAUUUGAGUGACCUUCGAAUUCUAAGUAUUCGUUUGAGACGAGAGAAAAAUCCAACAAGGCUUGGAUUAAAUUAUAAUGAAAUAUGUGCCCUUGACUGUGUGCAAGUUUCUAUUGUUCCUGAGAAGAAAGGCCUGUUUCUGAAACAUGUUGAAUAUGAAGUUUCAAGUUUGAGAAAUAAGUCUAAUGUUCAGAGAAGAUAUAAUGAUUUUGUCGCACUGUUUGAUUUGUUAUUGCAAAAGUUUCCAUAUAGAAUGAUACCCCAAUUGCCGCCUAAAAAAGUUAUGGGAGCUGAUAACCAGUUUAUUGAAGAAAGGCGAAAAGCUCUGAAAAGGUUUCUUACAUUACUUGCAAGGCAUCCUGUCAUAUCAGAAGAUAAAAUUCUUCAUUUUUUUCUUACAUUUUCUGGGACAGAUGUCCAACAUAAAAUGAGAGAUCAUUUUCGUGGUGUGCUAGAUGAGUUUAAUUCUAAUGAGCUAGCAAAAGAAGCUGAGGAAUUAGUUCCUAUUGAUUCUGCAAAUCAGCUGUCAGUUGUGAGAGAGCAAAUGAAACAAGUAUUCAGUGGUUUUCAGCAGCUAAAAGAUGUUGCUGAACGAGUGGUUGAAAGAACUAAACUUGAUGCUUCCGAUAUGCUACUGUUUGGCAAGGAACUAUGUUCUUUGGCAAACAGUGCAAGUGUGGAAUCUGACUGGGGAUCUGGUGGUAAUGAAACAUGGGAUCAUUUGAAAAGGGGAAUGAAGAAUUUGCACCCUAUGUUCUCCACAGUAUCUUCUGCUUACCUAGAUAUGGCUUCUCAAGAGGAAGAAGGUAUUGUCGAAGAAUUGAAUCUUUUUCUGGAUUUGCUUACAUCAUACAAGGACUUGUGUGACAGAUAUGAACAUUUUUAUGGACUAAUGAAGCAAAAAAGCUCUAGUAAAAUGAUACCACGUCGAACAACAACAAAUGUAAUUGUUAUGGAUGCAGAAAAUCAAGCAAUACAACAGAAUGAGAAAAGAAAUCAUUUUUUUCUUCAUUGUAUCCACAUGGAAACUCAAUUGGUGCAUACAUACAUGCAGAUACUUGUAAAAGUAUUGCAGUCUCUUGUUUAUUUACAGACUAAAGGUUCAUCACAGAUAUCAUUGAUAUGGCAACAGAUGCAGCCAUUAGUUGAAAAUUUAAUUCCAGUUGCCACUUCUCCUGCUACACCUACUUCAACUAUAAGUAGAUAGCAUUAUUUUUGUAAAAACAUUUCAUGAGUAUUAUCAAGGUUGAACAUUUAAAAGUCUAAAAUUACUUAAAAGUUAAUCUUUAUGAAAAGAAAAUGUUUUAAUUUUGAAAAUUGUAAAUGGUUUUAUAAUUUAAAACUAUUUUAAAUGCACUGUUCUCUUAUUGUAAUGCCUCAGUAUUCCUCAUAUUGCAUCUUGCUAAACAUCUAAAUAGCAAAACCCAUUCAUCUUAUGUUUUAUUUAAUUUAGUUCUAAAGAAUGCUGAAGUACAGGCCUGUAGCAUUUUUUAAAAAAAUGUUUGCAGCAAGACAUUUUAAAUGAGACAUGCUCUGUGUAAUGAAACUCUUGGUAAUGAAAUUACAUGCAAAAUUUACUAUUUUCGUUAAAAUUGUUCCUUAGAUAUGGCAAUUAAAAUUGCUAUAACUGCAGUGUUUAUGGAUAAUAUGAAAGUAUUAUGAGUUUUAACUUGGCUAAAAUUUACAUUCUACCCAUUGUUUUGAUCUUGCUUAAUCUUUGUAUAAUAUUUUCAGUUCAACUGUUCUUCUAAACAGUUGAUACUCUGUUACUAACAUUUUCUUUUAAAUUGCUUCUUACUUUAAUUUUUUGUAGGACUACUAACUAACAUUUCUCUGGUUCAACAUAAAGUUAUCCUUUACAGGGAUCUGGAUUUAGAUUUUAGUGGUUUUAUUGAAGUUCAAUGUUAUUACUAUAGUACCUUAUGCCUUUUGGCAAAAGAGGGGAUUUUUACUGGUAAACAGUUGUACCAGUGCAGUAGUUUUAGUUCCAAUAUCUCAGAAAUAACUAAGUAAUGAAAUUCAGAUUGUAUACUACAUGAUUACCAAUAUAUGUAUAAUUUUUAAGGUUAUAGUAAUGAUUAUUUUGAUGAAAUUGUCAAGUUUCUGUGUGUAUUAUUUAACAUCUUUAUUUAUUAUUAUUUUUUUUAUUAUUAUAUUGUUUAAGAUUUUAAAGUCUUGAUUUUAAUCAUUUUUACACUCAGUUAAAUAUAUUAAUUUGUGUUAAAAUUACUUUAAUUCUAUGAAUUGAGAAAAGCUUGGAAACUAAAACAAAUAAUAUUAAAUUGAACUAGUUGAUUCAUUCCGAUCUUAUUUCUAGACUAUCUAUUACGAAACACAUUUUUUGAAACUGGAACAGCUAUUACAUUAAAUAAUUCUUGUAUUUCAAAGUGUAGUUUUUUUCCAACUCAUAAGGAACAUGAGGCAUUUUAGAUAUUGAUUAAAAGAUGCAACUCUCAUAAGCAUUUUUAUUUUAUUUAUAAAACAAUAUAAGGCUUCUGAAAUACAAGAAAUCAUGACAUUUAAAAAAUAUGUUGCUUUAUAGUCAAAAAGCCACCGUUUCAUUAAAUUAUUUGUAGGAAGCUUUAAUCAUGCUUGCAUAUUAGUUCUUUUUUUGCUUACUAUCACAUAAAUAAUUAAAAUAUGGAAAGCAAGUUUUAUAUGCUUUUAAAAAUAUAUAUUAAUUAGAGAACAGUGCAUAGUUAAAUUAAGAAGCAAUGGUUUCUUUACAUAAAAUAUCCCUCAUAUUGACACAUCAAACGCCACCCUAAUUUCAGGCUAGAUUUUUGGUUCCUGCCUCACUGGGUCUGUGACAUUUUAAGUGUUAAUCUAUUGUAGAAUCUCAUUUAAUUACACAUAAAGGGCAUGAAGCUCAGGAAUUUCAUAAGAAUAUGAAAGAUUAAUGCAGGCCCUAAGUUUUAGAACGCAUUAAUGUAUGUUUUCUUGCCUUAAAAUGCUUACAUAUUGUACAAGCUUUGGAACUCUUGUACAAAGGAAUAUAUUUUUAAAAAAAAUUCUUUAUUAUCUGAGUAUCAUUUAAUUUUAGGUUGAAAAACAUUAUAUUCCUUAUGAGCUUAGCAACUUUAUAAGCGUACGUAUAUUUACUUUUGAAAUGUUGAAUUGACAUCUACCAGGUAAAAUUAAUAUUUAAUCAGAAUUAAAUUUUGAAAAUGAUGUUUUUGACCUUCAAGUGUGACAAAUGUAUUCUUGUUAUUAUGAUACAAAUGUGUAUAAGGCUGAUCAUGUGUUAACUCUACUAACAAUUUGACUUGCAAGAAAAAAGUUUCUUCCAUAAAAUUAUGAAGUAUUUCUACACAAGUAUAAAUAUUUAUGAUGUAAUGAGAGUGCAAUAUUUUGAAAUAAAAAAUAUAGUUUGAUAAUGUAUUUACAAAAGUAAUAAAUAGAAUAAUGAAUUAUUGAAACAAUAAGUUGAAAUAAUUCAUAAAAUCAAUUAAAUGCUGUUAUUAACGAAAGUACUUUGUAAAUGUAUGAUGUGAAAAUUGAACAUUCAAUUCAAAGAACCUUCUGUACUGUAAAUAUAAGAAAAUGAGCUUUCCUAUUUUCUUACUGUUUAUAAUACUCAUGCAUGUAAUUUAUUUAAAACACUUUGUACAUUUAUGUUUGUUAAUUUCUUUGUAAAGUAUAUGUGUGUAAGAUUAAGAUGUAUAAUUAUAUAUGAAAAAGACGAACCUUAAAAAUCUGAUGUUAUACAUGAUCAUUAAGUAUUUUGAAUUUUAUUUGUAAAAUGCUCAAUAAAUAACAAGCUUAAUUAUACAGGGUGGUCUCUAAAUCUUACACUGAUUAUAAGAUUUUACAUGAUUGAUUAGGCAUAUGCUUGUUUUAUAUUGUGAAGGCAUUAAUAAAGUUUCUAAUAUUAGUAAUAUAUUUAAUUUCAAUGUGAUCAUUUUAGGGAGCUCAAAGAAAUUUCACAUUCCAAUUCUCUUCAUGCAUUGUUUAUAUUUAGAUGCAGUAUUUGUGAUCCUGAACUUGAGUAUCUUCAACGAGUAUUGCAUCAUAUCUGUCCUUUAUGUACCCUUGAUAAAAAAAAAAGUUGAAUGAUAGAUGGCAAGAGUUGGAAUGUCAUAAUAACUUGCUGACAUUUUUUAUUACAAGAUUUGAAAAUUCUCUUUUAGUGUAUGCCCAAUCAGUCUUGAAAUUCUUAUAAAUUUUAAGUGAAAGACCACCUUGUAUUAUAUUAUUUCUAAUUACUCCACUUUUACAAUGUAUUCUUAAUGUUUUCUUUUACUUUUUAUAUUUGCUACUAUUUCAUUAAAUACCAUGUGUUAGAAAAUAUAGUGGAAAUAUAUUGAAAAUACAAAAUUUAGCAGCUUGUAAAAAUUGUAACUGCUUGCAAAUAUUUUUAAGAGCAUGUUACUUUUUUUUUCUAAUAUCAAAACGAACUACCACGGAUUUAUAUCUAUUUUUAUUUAGCUUGAUUAUAAAAUAUUCGUUCUUGCUUUGAUAGACGUAACUUAAUUUCCUUAUGGGAAAGAAUUCCCUUGUACUGUUCAUAAGAAAAUCUCAAACUAUAUCUUCACAAAAAGAGAAUUUGAAAAGGCAAGCAUAUGUGCUUGGUAAUUAAAUAAUGCAAAGGAGCACCUUAUUUAACCUGGGGAGAUUUUUUUACAGUUAAACAUGUUCUAUUUGAUUAUUUUAUUUAAAUUUUGAUAAGACAAGAAAAUGACAGUGUCAUUCAUUAAACAUACACAAAAUAUAAAAUGUAAUCUUGUUUAGAACAUUGACAAAUGAUUGAAAAGUUUCCCUCUUCUCCCAUUCAAUUUACUCUGCUCAAAAAAUACUGUUAAGUAGUAUAUAUGCGUUGUGAUUUUUGUCUUAAGACUAAUAAAAAAAAAAUAUAUAUAUAUUUAUUCAAUUUUAUACUGCUAAUCAAAUCAGAAAAGUUUUUAAAAUAUUUUAAACUACAUGUUGAGAAAUUAUUUCUAUUAAAACCUUUCAGCAUGGAGGGGAGGGGGGACUAUUACUCAUUGGUUUAAAAUGCAAACUUAAAUUUUGAUAGUUCAGAAGCUUUUUGUUUCAAAUGCAAAUAGGUUUGGAAUAACUUAAAUAGUGGUUCUUCCUUCAUAGAAGUGCAAUUGUAUGCAUGAAAAUAAUGAAAUGCAUAAAAGUUAGCAAAAUAUUUUAGAAGCUUAUGUCAGUUUGUUUAUUAGAAUACUGAACAUUGAAUUGAUUUAUUUUAAAUAUCUUAAAAUAAAAUACGUUGAACUUGUUAAUGUAAAUGAUGAUCUGAAACUUUAUUAUGCAUGUUAUUUAUUCAAUGUGAUGACUUCAAAAUCAAAUUUUAUUAAAAGAAAUUGAUAAUUAUUUAUUCAAUAUUGCAAGUGAUAAUUCUUAUCAUUUGUGAAUAAAAAAAAAGUGCAUAUUUUCUACAUGUUGUGAUAAAAUACUGUUUUUUGAUAUUAUUUUAAUGCAUAUUUUCUGACAUAUCACACCCCGGCAAGAAAAGUGACAACUCAAAAUGUGAGAAAAAUGUAUCAGCUACUGAUUUAAAAUCUAAAUUUAUUGCUAUUUCUUGCCACAAAACUUGCAGAAAGUGAGCUUACAUACCUGGUACGUGGUGGCGUGAAAAUAAUAUGCCCAAUGCUGAAACAUUAUUAAAUUUUUAUAAUUUAAAAGAAAAAUUUUUUGAGCUUUAAGUAUGCAUUUUUAAUUUAGACAAGAAAAACUAACUAGUAAAUAUUGCAUCAUAAUGUUUUUACGCAUAUUGUAAUAUUUGAGACGAAAUCAUUAAAAUCUGCUGUUACGUAAAACCUUGAUUUUCUCAACUUCUGUUUUUUUUUUCCUUUUUUUUUUUUUUGAGUUGUGUUACUUUUCUUCCCAGGGUGUGAUAUGCUAAAGAUGUUGAUAUUUAAAAGAUUUAUUAUUAUUAUUCCGGUAGACAUUCCUGUUGAUAAAUAUUUUAUUAGAUUGAAGAUUUAAGA